UGUCCGCUCUCUACAGUUUGGUUGUCGCCCAAAGUCCACGACUGGAUUGGAGGCUCCUCCGUGCUCGAGUUGUGUGUUGUCUAAGCUUCUCUCUCUAUAUUUGCUAAUGGCGGACGAGGAACCUGUUGAUCAGAAGAAGUACCUUGAAGACUCCUGCAAGCCGAAAUGUGUGAAACCAUUUCUCCACUAUCAGGAUUGUGUGAAGAGGAUCCAAGGUGAUGAAAGCGGCCACAAGCAUUGUACUGGACAAUAUUUUGAUUACUGGUCUUGUGUCGACAAAUGUGUCGCACCAAAGCUCUUUACUAAGCUGAAGUGAUGUGGCGUACUGUAGUACACUGAGAGCAUUUUUCCUUUCUGAUACUGAAACGUUUAAACGUUUCAAGAACGCUGUGUUUUAUUACUGGAAGCAUUCUGAUGUUUGGUGAAUUUUUUCAGAACUUGAGUUAUCAAUAAAAGAAGCCCAUUGUUAGAAUUCAUUGAAUU